AUGGAGCCGCAGCCGAGCAUGACGGGUACGAUGGCUUCACAAAAGAAGUGGGCGAAGCCCGAGGAUUGGGAAAGGCUUCGGAACACCAUUUCGGCUCUCUGGAUGUUGCAUUCGUUGCCUGUGGUGAUGCGGGUCAUGCGUGAGGAACACGAUUUCCAUGCCACCCCAAAGAUGUUCCAGGCCCAACUCUACCAGAAAUGGGGCCUGCGAAAAAGCCGACCCGAAAGCAGAGCCAACAAGAAAAGACGCCGGAGUCUAGAAGAAGCUGAGAGUAUUGCAUCGUCUUCGUACCUCCCAGCCACUACGCAGGAGGGAGGCUCAACUGUCCUUAGCGAGGAUUUGAGUUUCACCCCCCAAACAAACAUCGUUCCUGAGCGAGCAGUGACUGGCUCCGAUGCGGGCGGUCCAAUUCCAAUAAUAGCGCCUCAUGGCACUGGGAUUCCAUUACCGUCACUGCCUACCCACCUACGGCCGCCAAGCUACCAGGGUGGGCCAGAUUAUUCAAUGGAACUCUCUGAUGCAUCGAUGCUACCUUCGGCAUGGAACGACUUCAUUUUCAAGUCCCAAUCGCCUCGCCUUCUAUCCGGCCAGAGCCAAGGUGCAAUCAGUUCUGCUAUGGCAGAGUCGUUGCCAGACGAACAAGAAGACUCUUUUGAUGGGAGCGCCAAUCCUUCUGUCACCGGCUCUGGUGCCUGGAUGUCAACUGUACUGAUGGAGACACCGCCAAGUGUGGCAGCAACCUCGAACUCGAGGGGAUCAUCGUCAGGUAGAUCCCGUAUGUCACGUUCCUCUGGAGUUACUCGCAAAUCAGGAGUGUCCUCGAGGUCUCGGACGUCGCACGCUUCUUCGUCUUGUGGAACGCUGCUGUCUUCCAGCUCACGUUCCUCUGCACUCUCUGCUAAUCAAUCUUUUGGUCUGUCACUGGCAUCCCUCCGUCAUCUAGAAGCACCCGAAGCAUUGCUGCUCUCGGAAAAAUCCUUGUUUUACGCGCGACAUUACAUAUCCAGUACAUUUUCAACGGGGUUGUGGACCCUGUCACAGACCGCUGACUCAUCCCUGUUGAACACAGCGUGUAUCAAGCUGGAUCGAUGGUACAAUGAUUUCAACCCCGGCAUGGAUCAGCUGGGUAAGAAAGAGGUCACGAAGGCUUUCAGCAUAUUCCAGCCUUGUUUUGCUGCGGCGGAGGGCAUCAUUGCAAUGCAAGAUCCACGCUUGGUCAUCUACAUCUGUCAACAAGCCAUACGCUUUAUGUUCUACGACCAACUAGGACGAAGCCUUUCACGAAUACUCUUCAAAUAUACCGUCGGAUGUUGCAAAAAGUUAUUUGGGGUGCACCAUCCCCUCUAUAUCCUUUUGGCCCAGCUGGCUCAAAUGGACUACUUCGAGUUGGCACGGAACAUUGGAACUUUAAUGGAAUGCUAUUUUGAGCACCUCGAACCUUUCUUAGACCCAGAGAGCGAAUCCUUGGGAUUUCUCCUUGAGUUACGCGGCCUUACCGUCGGCCUCAUGGAAGCUACUGGUAUGAUGGGGUUCUUCGAGGCCAAGCGAAUUCUUGAUCAACAGAUUCAGAGAUCCGAUUCUCUUGGCUUCUCCAAUUUACAUAUCAAGAUUGAGGUUGCUGCUGCUUUACAGCGAAAUCGCUACUUUGACGAAGCAAAAGCUAGUCUCUUGAAGCUCAUACGCUCUGAAGAAGCUAAACAGCAUCCGUAUGAGUAUGUAUAUGCGUGUUUUAUACUCGUGAUCACUUUGGAGAGGUCGAAAGAUAUUGACGGGGCCAUUCGUGCGGCGUAUGAGCUAGUCGACUUUUUGAUGGAGUCCAGAAACAGGACUGAGAGUGCAUUCAACGACGAGUUGUACAAAUCGCAGGUGCACAGCAGCUUGGCCACGGCUUUCUCGAAGCUUGAGCAUAUGUUGCGUGGAGCUGGCCGCACUGAUGAAGCGGACCAGAUACACGCGCGUCUUGAAGCUUCUAUUGAUCGAGAUUACGCUAUCUCGGAGCCGACAGAAGAGUCAAAAGCAGCAGAGGAUGUGUUGAACCUGGAGAAUAUGAAAUAG